AUGAAGAAGUCAAUACUGCGGGGCGGUCUUUUAGCAGAGCUGUCGAUGUCCUCCACGCUGGUGCUGCUGCUGCUUCGAUGCCUACUGGUGUGUCUGAUUUGGGGAAUUGCGGUGCAGAUAAAGAUCGACACCCCCACAACUACCUUCUCCUCUAUCUUCGAAAUGUCUUCGAAAGAGAAGUUGGGUUCUGGUGACCUGAGCCCUCUGCUGGAGGGCCUCUAUGAGGAACAAGAAAAAUACCAGGACAACAUGAACCCUGGAGAGUUGACUGUCUCCCGUGCGAUUCUUGUUAAUAUGCAUCACUUUUUGACCAAAUUUAUGCAGCCACGUGAAGCAUUAUUGUGGGACAUGAUUAUGGAACUUUGCGUAAAUGACUACGAGCGACCCCAAUUUGUUCAUAUGUCCUGGAAGCUGUUCUGGAACUCUCUUCGCGAGGUGAACAUCCAAAAGGACUGGAAUGAGUGGAACCCCUAUUGGAGGCCUGAGAAACCGGAAGCUUGGCAGGCCAUCCUUGGUCGAAUGUGGGCACAACUGGAAAAUCCCGAAGAGGCACUAGAUGGUGAUUUUAUCUCAGGCAGUUUCUCUUGGCUCACCAGGAAUCAGGGCUACCAGUGCGACUGCAAGGAGGAUUAUGUCUGGAAUCAGGAAGACAUGAGUUGUGAAAGGGACGAAGGCCGUCAAAAGCACUGCGAUCCUGUUACACUGAAACCAUGCCUUCGGCCGGGAGCUAAAUCUUGUAGAAUGAACGAGUAUGUUCGUACCCUCCUUAUAAAUAAAUCAAAGUAA